AUGGAACAACAAAAGGUCCCCGCAAAUAGUACUCUUAAAACCAAUCUGACCCAGUUCGCCCAUCGUCGCAAUAGUGAAGGGCCUUAUGCUGACAACUUGGACGUGGAUGUCUUGAUUGUUGGAGCCGGCUUUGGUGGCACGUACCUACUGUACGAACUUCGUAAAGCCGGUUACAAAACUGUGGUGUACGAUGCUGGUACAUCAUUCGGAGGAACUUGGAGAUGGAAUAUCUAUCCUGGGGCGAGGGUAGACAGUGAAGUUCCCAUAUACGAACUUCCUAUUCCCGAGGUCUACAAGGACUGGCACUGGAGCACCAACUAUCCAGACUGGAAAGAACUACAAGCAUAUUUUGCCCAUGCUGAUAAGGUGCUGGACCUCUCUAAAGAUGUGUCUUUCCAGACUGUGGUCGUUGGAGCAACAUUUGACAUUGAGUCGGGAAGGUGGACUGUCAGUACAUCUGAUGGCCGGAAGGCAAAAGCUCGGUUUCUCAUUGCCGCUACCGGUUUCGCAGCCAAGCGCUAUGUGCCUCCAUUCAAAGGCAUUGAGAAUUAUAAGGGUAUCAUCCAUCACACCUCUUUCUGGCCCAACGAAGGAGUCGAUGUUAAGGACAAAAAGGUCGCAGUCAUUGGAUCUGGAGCAUCGGGUGUUCAGGUCGCCCAGGAAUGGGGCCCGGAAGUGAAGGAAAUGUAUUCUUUCCAAAGAACUCCGAAUCUCGCAAUUCCGAUGGGAAAGAGAUCCCUGACAAAGGAAGAACAGGAUUCUUUGAAAUCAAUUUAUCCGACCAUCCAUGAGUUCCGAGACCGUUGUUUUGCGGGGUUUCACUAUGACCUUUGCGAGCGCAAUACGUUUGAUGAUACUCCCGAGGAGCGAGAGGCCUUCUACGAAGAUCUGUGGCAAGUUGGAGGGUUCCAUCUGUGGCUUGCCAAUUACAAGGACUACCUCUUUGACGAGAAGGCCAACCGAGAGACCUAUAACUUCUGGCUUAAGAAACAACGAGCGCGUGUGACCGACCCGAUCAAGAGAGAUCUACUUUGUCCACUUGAACCUCCUCAUCCGUGGGGUGUCAAACGCCCCUGUCUAGAACAGAACUACUUCGAGGUUUUAGACCAGAAGAACGUCACGAUUGUCGACAUUAGUGAUGCUUCGGGCAAUGAGAUCGUGGAAUUUACCGAGAAGGGGAUUAAAACCACGGAUGGCAAAGAGUAUGAGGUUGAUGUUGUGGCGCUGGCCACAGGAUUCGACGUCGUGACUGGAGGUCUCACUCAAAUGGGCUUAAAAUCCAUCAAUGAUACAUACCUUGACGAUGAGUGGAAGAACGGCAUCAACACAUACCUUGGUGUUACCAUCGCAGGUUAUCCCAACUUGUUCCAUGUCUACGCAGCUCAUGCUCCAACGCUUCUUUGCAAUGGGCCUUCGUGCGUCGAAGUUCAAGGUCGAUGGAUACGUGAUGCUAUCAAUAUGAUCACGCGACAGGGCAUCAAAUUCGUCAAUCCCACCGACACAGCGAGCGAGCAGUGGAAGGCAAGGAUCGCAGGUUUGGCUGAACAAACGCUCUUUCCCAAAGCCAAACGCAGUACGUACAUGGGAGGUAGUAUCCCUGGGAAGGCUCGAGAAUUCGUGUGUUAUCCGGCAGGAUUGGGCACCUAUGGGGCGGAGAUCAGGGGCUACCUGACGGGAUUUAAGGGAUUCGAGGUUGUCAGACCUUGA